CUUACAACAACUUUAAACAUUGGCAUCAAAGUGGAAGCAACCACCAGAGAAUGCGGACGGACAAUUCACAGCACCAACAUUGUCACUACAUCCCUUCUCGCCGGCCACCCUCCACCACCACUACAACCACCGCAUCUAACACCCUUUUUAACCCUUGAAACCACAAACCCAUCAAAAAGAUUCAAUCUUGAUACAAACCCAUCAACAAAAAAUUCAAUCUUGAACCACACCCACCAAAAAAAAUUCAAUCUUGAACCAAACCCACCAAAAAAAUUCAAUCUUGAACCAAACCCAUCAAAAUUUUUCAAUCUUGAAGCAAACCCACCAAAAAAAAUUCAACCUUGAACCAAACCCAUCAAAAAUUUUCAAUCUUGAAGCAAACCCACCAAAAAAAUUCAAUCUUGAACCAAACCCAUCAAAAAGAUUCAAUCUUUAUCUGAAAUUCAUUGAUUUACAAUGCAAAACUCACCACCAUCAUCAUCCACCACCACUGUGUACACCAUCUUAACCAUCACCACCCUCCUCUUCCUCCUCCUUUUCUUCUCCUCAUUCCCCACAUCACCACCGCCGCCGUCCUUCUCCGACCCCUAUCUCUUCCCCCACCGCCCCUCCACCGCCCAAUACCACAACCACCAACUCCUCUUCACCACCACCAACAAAACCACCAACCAAUCUCCACCAUCCAUUGCCUAUUUCAUCUCCGGAUCCUCCAACGACUCGGGUCGGAUCAUCCGGCUCUUGUUCUCCAUCUACCAUCCAAGAAACCAAUAUCUUCUUCAUCUUGACAGUUCUGCCCCUCAAAAAGAAAGAGACUUUUUAGCCCUAACUGUUCAGUCAGUUAAAGUUAUGUGGUCUGCUCAAAAUGUUAAUGUUAUUGGGAAAUCUGAUCUUGUUUCCCCUAAAGGGUCUUCUUCUGUUUCCUCAACUUUACAUGGUGCUGCUAUUUUGUUGAAGCUUUGUUCUGAUUGGGAUUGGUUUAUUAAUCUUUCUGCUGCUGAUUAUCCUCUUGUUACUCAAGAUGAUCUUCUUCACAUUCUAUCGUACCUGCCUAAAGAUCUUAACUUUGUGAAUCAUACAAGCUACAUUGGAUGGAAAGAGUCGCGCAUUUUGAAACCGGUAGUCGUUGACCAGAGCCUUUUUCUUGCUGAGCAGAGUGAGAUCUUUUACGGCACUCAAAAACGGCCAUUGCCAGAUGCCUACCGGUUGUUUGCAGGUUCAUCAACGUCUAUAUUAAGCCGAAAGUUUGUGGAGUUUUGCAUUUUAGGAACCGAAAACUUACCGAGAACCCUACUUAUGUACUUAUCCAACAGUCUCGCGUCCCAAUCAAUAUACUUCCCGACCGUCUUAUGUAAUUCUCCUCAACUAAACAAAACCGUUGUAAACCACAACUUACUAUAUUCCGCAUACGAUGCCAAACACCAACCGAGGACACUCAGUUCCGAUGAUCUUGACGAUCUAAUCAACAGUGGUUCGGCUUUUGGUUCUAUGUUUAUUCCAGAUGAUCCGGUUCUUGACCACAUUGACCAAAAGGUUCUGAACCGCGGUCAGGGUCUACCGGUUCCAGGUGGGUGGUGUUUAGGCGGGUCUAGUGAUGAAGCUUGUAGUGUUUGGGGCGAUGCGGAUGUUUUGAAGCCUGGACCGGGGGCUAAAAGGCUGGAGCAGCUCAUGGUUAAGUUACUGUCGAAUGAGAGUUUUGGUUCGAGUCAGUGCAUUGUCGAAUGAUGAGUCGGGGUGUUGGUUUUAUAGAUUUACAAGUGAAAUUUUUUGUAUAUUGGUAUUUGCAUCAUGAAGUUGAUUUGUCUUCCUGUUGUUUUACUAUUCUUUGAAGCAAUAUAGCAGGUAGAUGAGCAA